AUGACCUCGCUCAUCUCGAAGCAGCUCGCCGAUGGCAUCCUCGCCCGCCCCUUCCUGAAGAGCAUCUUCGUCCCCUUCUCUAACUGGUACGCCAACGCCGCCGGCCACCAAGGCCCUCAAGCGCCUCUCCCCAAGGAGUCCUACGACCGCGUCUUCCGCAUCCGCCGCGCCGUCCAGCUCUCCUACCAGCACAAGCUUCUGCCCAAGAACGAGUGGACCAAGCCUGAGGAGGACUACCCCUACCUCGGACCCAUCAUCCAGCAGAUCCAGGCCGAGGAGGCCGAGAGGCUGGCCUUCGAGACGAUUGAGGUCCAGAAGAAGCACCACUAA